AUGCGGCUUGAAAACCAGCACUUUGACUUUAUUCGGCAACAGGAAAGACCUACGUCCGUGAUUACAAAAGAAACAACACUGUCCUCGGAGGAAAUGCAAACCACACGGUGCAUGGCAAAAACAAAGACGAAACAUGACGAAAACAAAAUGAGUGUUGUUACCAACCUGUCAAAGAAGACGUUAACUGAUGCUCAGAUAUCCCUGCUGUCGAAGGGACUGAAGUUCAUACCGACUAGAAAAACAAUAGACAAAGGAAAAUUACUUACAGACUUGUCAGCGUGGGAACGCCGUAUGCGCUUAAAAGAAUAUUUCUAUUCAGAAGACGCUGAACACAGAACCAGGAAUGAUGAGCAUCAAUACAAAAAGAAGACCUCGACGUGGACUCCAAAGGCUGGCCGCGACAAAUGGCUGGACACAUAUAUACAAGCGGUCAAAGACGACAUCAUUUGCGGAUUAAAACGAAAAUUUAAAUAUAAUCUAAGCAAAUCGGAAGAACAGGCAAUCAAAGAAUUACUCCACGACGAUGACAUAGUAAUUCGCCCUGCCGACAAGGGGUCGGGGAUAGUGAUAAUGGACAGGGAAGACUAUGUCAAGAAGAUGAAGUGCGAAAUGCCGGACAGUGAGACAUACGUCGCGGUGACGGAUGAUAAAACAAGGAUUGUGGAAAACAAAGUGAAGAAAGUGGCCGAUACCCUAUACAAGAAGGGGUCGAUCGACAGUGACAUUAAAAGGUAUCUCACCAGCGGCGUUGGAACUUCCGGUAAGCUUCAGGGCAACCCGAAGCUUCAUAAACAUGGGAUGCCUCUCCGCACUAUUGUAAACGGCCGCAAUCACCCGACAGAGAAGAUGGCGGAAAUGGUGGAGAAUGAAUUGCGCGAUCAUGUGACGUCACUUCCGUCGUAUUUGAGUGAUACAACUGACUUCCUAAACAAAAUAACACAGAUACAGCAGCCGUUACCAGACGGUACCAUCAUAUUUUGUUUGGAUGUAAAGGCUCUUUACCCCAGCGUACCAAGAGAAGAAGCCCGUGCUGCAGUAAUUGAAGCUCUCAAUCGGCGAAUGCAACCGGAAGUACCAACCAACGACAUGAUCACAAUGAUGGACACUGUUCUAAAUAACAAAACCAUUUCAUUCAAUGGAGACCACUACAUGCAAAAUGAAGGAACUGCUAUAGGAUCGCACUGA